AUGGAAAAAGGUAAAUACACAAAAAAGAAUGACGUAAUAAGCAUAUGUCAAAAUCAUUUGAGGAAGAGUCAUCAUUCUUUAUAUAAAAAGUAAAAACAUUACUGAAAGUUUGUUAGAUUAAUUAAUAGUUUAAUUGAAAUGUUUUCCGGUGGAUCGAAUAUGGAAAAGCACCUGUUCAACCUGAAAUUUGCAGCAAAAGACUUGGAGAGAAAUGCGAAGAAGAGUGAAAAAUCUGAGAGGGAGGAGAAGGUGAAACUAAAAAAGGCCAUUCAAAAAGGCAACAUGGAAGGUGCAAAAAUCCAUGCAGAGAACGCAAUCCGACAGAAAAACCAGGCAUUGAACUAUCGCCGUAUGAGUGCCAGAAUAGAUGCUGUCAGCGCUAGAGUACAGACUGCACUCACAACAAAACAGGUGACAGGUUCUAUGGCGGGUGUAGUGAAGUCAAUGGAGUCUGCAAUGAAAUCCAUGAAUCUGGAAAAGGUCUCACAGCUGAUGGACCGGUUUGAGACGCAGUUUGAGAAUCUGGAUGUUCAGUCCCAGGUGAUGGAGAACACCAUGUGCAACUCCUCUACACUGACCACCCCACAGAGUCAGGUGGACAGCCUCAUGCAGGAGGUGGCAGACGAGGCUGGCCUGGAUUUGAACCUUGAUCUACCGUCAGCUCAGCAUUCAGCAGUCGGGCAGUCAACGGCGUCUGCGUCCGGGGAACAGGAUGAACUUUCACAGAGACUGGCCAAACUGCGACAAAUGUGAGGUUAUGCCAGUUGAAACUGGAUUGAUCAUGAAUAUUUCACGUGUUCUUAUAUCAUCGCUGAAAAUCUAGAUUCUACUAGUCUUUAGCAAUGUGAAAAAUGUGCUGAAAAUUUAAUUAGCGCACAGAUAUAUAAGAACUGUACUUGCAAUGCCCUGAUUGACAUUAUAAGUUUUUCAGACAGCAAAAAAUUUAUUAAAAAACUACAUCAGGACACCAGAAGGUUAUUAAGGGCUUCAUAUGUUUUUUUACCAUGAAUAGCAUUUCUAAGGUUUAUCUGUGAAUACAUGUACAAAAUGUAUGUUGUUCUGUCCUAAGGUCAACUGUUACUUCUUAGUAUUAUAAACGUUGUAACUAUUCUUAUUACUAAUUUUAGUUAAUUGAUGGUAAAUGCCAUUAAAUGAAGUUAUUGCUUUCCUACUUCUAUGUGCAUUUUGACACGUUUGCAGUCCCUUAGAAGAAUAAAUGCAAUUGAGAACUUUUCUUUAUAGAUUCAAGUUUUUUAGGCUUGAUUUCCAAGAUAGUGAUAACAAGCAAACAGCAUUCAACCUUAUCAGACUGAUUUACUCGUAGGCUGUUCUGGUUUUAUGGUGGUUGCAUAUAGACAUUAUCACUUUGCUUCUGAGUGGAAAAGGGUUAAGUUCUUUGCUCACCAAUUAAGCCAGACUUAACAAGGAUAUUCAUCAUUAUCUGAUGGUGAUCUGAUAUUAUGUAUAUUUUAAUAUUCAAUUUUUAGGUUUAUUGCUACAGUUAUAAUGAUAAUUACAAUUUGUAUUGCUGCUAUGUCACCAGUUCAUGUUAAUGUAGCCUAAAGUAUCGCUAAGUUGAUCAUUAUCAUCAGGUUUUAUCUCAUGCAAUUAUGAAACCCUUUACUUUUCUUUAUAAAAUAUGUAAUUUUAAGAACUAUUUUGUUGUAUUUUGUAUAGUUAUGAAUAAAUAAUAAAAUUGUG